UCACUCGAUCGGUCGAUCGUCAACAAUCCGGAGAACGAAUCUGUUUACCUAAAGAAACAAAUAAUAUCACAGGAAGCGGCCUGCUCGUAGAACCAAUCAUACUCACCCAAACUCACUUCUUCCAUUCUAUCAAAAACGAUAUUACAUCUACCUGCUGUCGUACCUUGUCAAAUCAUCAAUCCCUCAGCUAGGAAUCAAACAACUGCUUCCCAAAAUUCCCAUGUAACAAUCUGUAGUCCGAUGGAUGAUGGGAUCGAGCGGGCCAUUCUAACAAACGAAGAACUGCUUCAAGAAACGGCUGCGAUCUUGAACCAGCAACUCUCUUCGAGUACAUCCCCCGAAACUGACAUUCAUUCCAUCCGAUUCUGUUCGGACUUCCUAACCCCGAACCAUGAAGCCAAUUAUCCAACUGAUCACCUUCAGAUCAAGGGCUUCGAUUCCCUGGAGCGUCCAACUCACCUAGAUCAACCGAUCGAUCCCCGACUUGAAGCAGAGAACCCUACAGUCAAUCAAUCAAUUUUCAAUCCUCACAAUAUACUUGAUCCUUUCUCCCCUGGUUCUCAAUCAAACUUGAAUUCACAAGUAUUAACCAAGCCUAGACGAUCUGCAAAGCGACGUAAGACCAAUCUAAAGAAACACCAAAACGUCCGUCUACAUGCUCUAGACAUUCCCACUUGUCCCGCUGAACAGCCUGAAGUAUGUACUCAAGAGUCACUAGCGGUGAAUGAAAUAAAUAUUCCCACAAAUAAUUUGGAACCAGCAAGCUCUAGUAUCAAUGGCUGUCGUGAUGAGUUCUCAAGGUCAAAAUUCAUAUCCGUCCCAUCGGGGGAGGAUGAGUCGCCACAUGAUGAUCCAACGUAUCAACCAGACCAAAACAAAACAAGCUUAUCGGAUUCGGCCAUAAUUCAUGACGGACUUUCGACCAAGCAAGUCACAGAAACUGCUCAAGUCAAAUCAAUGUUCUUGUAUGAGAAUCCAUCUUCCAAUUUGAUUACCGAGCGUAACAUUCACCCAUUGCUACAAACCAUCCAACCGAGUCUACAGCUCUUCCCAUCAACACAAUCUCCCAAUCAGACGGACUCACAAUAUGCUCAGACAUCUCGAAAAACUGCAGACCCAACAAAACAAGCCUCAGGCUCCCCCAAGCUUCCCACGUGUCCCACUUCAUAUCUAGGAAAUACUCAGGUCGAUGUCCAUGGCGCAGGGGCAGGUGGGGGAGCAGCGGCUGUUCUCGCGGCAGCUGCAGCCCAACAAGUUAGUCCCACAGCAGUGGCCAUCCCACUUCAAGACAUGAUUGUGACGGCGCAGACGGAGGAAGUUCAGGAAGAUGGAUUUGGCGGAAAGGGAUCGGAGGAGGGCGGGGAGCCAUUACCAACGUCUUACAACCCCGACCAGUUUCGGUCCUGCAAUCGGAUACACUGGACCAAGGAGGAAGAAGAGCUCUUGCUGGCCGAAGUUGAGAUGAACUGGGAACGAUACGAUUGCAUGGCCCAUAUCAUGAAGCGACAUGGCCCUAGAGGCUCCGUUUCGAGAGCGUUUGCAGACCGGACGGGGGUCUCUUUGAAAGAUAAAGCAGUCAAUAUCUCCUCAAGAUGGUAUCGGGAUGGUACCGAAGUUAGUGCCGCAAGAAGACGAGCGUUUGCCCGCUUUAGGCCUAAACAACUCCGCGGAAAGCCAAGGAACGAGCUUCCGGGAAUGGCCUGUUUGUCCGACCCUCUGACUCCUUCCGUCCCCGAUACCCACCACCCCCCUCAACAUUCUUCUCCCUGUGCAAGCUCUCAGUGAACUUCCCUUUUGUGGAGGUAAAUCGUAAAUAUACCCUUCUAACAUUUAAUCGCCAUUCUCUUCGCCCACCUGCUGUUUAAACCUAUUUUUCUUUAAAGCAUCAUCUUUAUCUCUUCUCCUCUCCACAUCCAUGCCUCUUUAUAUAUACAUAUGUAGAAUCUCAUCCUCAAUUGUUUCAUUGAGCGUUCACGGGGGUUUUUUCGUAUAUCAAAAUAGCAGGAAAUCGACACUACAUUGGAUGCGGCUUCGCUGCAAUUUUCAUGAUCCCUUUUGUCCUUCUCGCAAGGAAACCUUGAGUGUAUUGGAUGGCCAAGCUGACCUGUCAUGUAUGAAAAACCGUUAUAUAUGGGGAAUGUACAUACCUACCAGCGUACUUUUUUUAUUUGCUCAUGGUCCUGUGUCUUGUGUUUGGUUUUCCAAUGUAUGCCGGAAUUUUGUAGUUAAGAUAACAUGCCUCCUCUUCAUUUUAUUUGCCAUUAAUUAUCAUCUCAUGGCGGGCAGUCCCGUGUGCACGCCGGGGAAAAUCACAAGGUUUCAAAAACACCUGAG